UCUGGCAAUGUCAGUGUUAGUAGUGGCGAUUUCUUGUGCAUAGAGUAUUGAGUCAAAUAACUCCUAUUAUUGUCUGUCUGCUUUUUUAUUACAUGUGACAAGCCAAUUAAUAUAAAGUGCUGUCCAUAAAAGUCGUGUAAUGCUAGUACGUGCCUUCAUAGUUUAUCUGAUUGAUUGAUCAAUGAAAAGAGAUUUAGAGGAAAAAAUGAUGGAUGUUGUAAGCCCUAAGAAAUAUGGAUUGUCAUCUGUAACAAAUUAUCCUUAUGCCACUCCUCUUCUGGGCAAACCUGGUACAGCAAAGAAAUUAGUAAUAAAGAACUUUGAAAAACCCAAACUUCCAGAAAAUUAUAAACAACAAACUUGGGAAAAAUUACAAAGUGCUGUUAUAGCAAUUCAGACUUCUAAACCUAUUAGUACAUCCCAAGAAGAGCUUUAUCAAGCUGUUGAAAAUUUAUGUUCCAACAACAUGGCUGCCUUUUUGUAUGAUAAUUUAAGAGCUCUGUGUGAAAAUAACAUUAAACAGAAUGUUAAUCAAUUUCUUCCCGAUUCUAUGGACAGUGUGUAUUUCUUAAAGCUUAUGAAUGAAUUCUGGCAAGAUCAUUGUAGACAGAUGAUAAUGAUACGAAGUAUUUUCCUUUUUCUCGAUCGCACCUACAUUUUGCAAAGUCCUGGCAUUUCAUCUCUAUGGGAUAUGGGUUUAGACAUGUUUCGUAUACAUAUAGUUUCCCAUCCACUUGUACAGAAUAGAACUGUAGAUGGAUUAUUGAUGCUUAUAGACAAAGAAAGAAAUGGGCAAACUGUUGAUAAGAGUUUACUUAAAAGUUUAUUACGGAUGUUUCUGGAUCUGCAGAUAUAUCAGGAAAUUUUUGAAGUUCGUUUUCUGCAAAAUACUGAAGAAAUAUAUGCUGCUGAAGGUCAGCGGCUAAUGCAAGAAUUAGAUGUUCCACAUUAUGUGCAGCAUGUUGAAAGGAGAUUAAAUGAAGAAUGGGAAAGACUUUUACAUUAUCUUGAUCAAUCUACCAAAAAACCAUUGAUCCAGUGUGUAGAGAAACAACUCCUUGGUGAGCAUCUAACUCCUAUUCUUCAGAAAGGCUUAGAUAACCUUUUGGAGGAAAAUAGACUUAGUGAUCUCAAAUUGAUGUAUGAUUUAUUCACCCGAGCUAAAAAUGGUUUACCACAGCUAUGUUCUCAUUUUAAUCUUUAUAUCAAAAAGCAUGGUCGUGUUAUUGUUAGCAAUCCCGAAAAAGAUAAAACCAUGGUCCAAGAGCUCUUAGAAUUUAAAGAUCGCAUGGAUUUAAUUGUUAAUGUUUGUUUUCAAAAGAAUCCCAAAUUCUUAAAUACUUUAAAAGAAGCUUUUGAAUAUUUUGUUAACCAAAGACCUAAUAAACCAGCUGAGCUGAUAGCAAAAUUUUUGGAUUUAAAAUUACGAGCUGGAAACAAAGAAGCUACCGAAGAAGAAUUGGAAUUACUUCUUGAUAAGAUUAUGGUCUUGUUUAGGUAUAUUCAUGGGAAAGAUGUAUUUGAAGCAUUUUACAAAAAGGAUUUAGCUAAAAGAUUAUUAGUUGGAAAGAGUGCUUCUGUUGAUGCCGAAAAGUCAAUGUUAUCUAAAUUAAAGCAAGAAUGUGGUGCAGCUUUUACUAGUAAAUUAGAGGGUAUGUUUAAAGAUAUGGAAAUAUCUAAAGAACUAAUGGGAACUUUCAAGCAGCACUUACAAAACAUGAAAGUUCCUGGUAAUAUGGAUAUGUCUGUUGCUGUACUGACCAUGGGUUAUUGGCCAACUUAUCAACCAGUUGAGGUACAGAUGCCACCUGACAUGUUAAAGUAUCAAGAAGUAUUUAAAAAAUUUUAUUUGAGUAAACACAGUGGACGCAAGUUGCUUUGGCAACCUAGUUUAGGUCACUGUGUACUGAAAGCUUAUUUUUCUGCAGGUAACAAAGAAUUGCAAGUUUCAUUAUUUCAAGCGUUAGUUCUUCUGAUGUUCAAUAAAGAAGAUAGCUGUUCAUUUGAAGAAAUAAAACAAGCUACUGCCAUUGAAGAAGGAGAAUUAAGAAGAACUCUUCAAUCAUUGGCAUGUGGUAAAGUUAGAGUUUUGCAAAAAAUUCCUCGUGGUAAGGAUGUUGAAGAUGAUGAUAAAUUUACUUUUAAUGAAGAUUUUAAAAACAAAUAUUAUAGAAUAAAAAUUAAUCAAAUACAAAUGAAGGAAACUCAGGAAGAACAAUCCAUUACUCAAGAGAGAGUUUUCCAAGAUCGUCAGUAUCAAAUAGAUGCUGCUAUUGUUCGCAUAAUGAAGAUGAGAAAAUCAUUAUCUCACAACUUACUAAUUACUGAAUUAUAUGAUCAACUUAAAUUUCCUGUGAAACCAACAGAAUUAAAGAAGCGUGUCGAAAGUUUGAUUGACAGAGAUUAUUUACAGCGUGAUAAAGAUAAUACAAAUCAGUAUCAUUAUGUUGCAUAAAUGUUUAAUAACUGUAAAGCUGGUGACUGUUUUUUCGAUAAAAUCUGUAUAGUUUUUAUCUCCAUUUAAAACGUGAAAUUGCGUAGUAUGCUUAAUUCACAUUUUUGAGCUUCAUGCAUUUCAUUUAAUAUAGAGUUCAAUGACUUAUCUUGAUGCACUUGAUUAUGUUUUUGAAUGUUUUAUGAUUUUUUUUUUUUUUAAAUUUUUUUUUGUGUCAAGCUGAUGAAUUGUAGUUUUUGCAGCUUUUAAAUUAUUAAAGUACUUCUAAAGUUCAAAUUAUAUUAAAAGGGAUAAAUGUAUGGUUUUAUUUAUACAUUAUGCUGAAAAAGUUUAGUACAAAAGAAAAAAAACUAUAUGUUAAUGCAUUACAAUUGUUUGCUGGAAAUUUCUCAACUUUUAAACAUUAAACAAAUAUAAAAGUAAUUUUGGCGUAUUUUGAGCUUGGUCUUUUAAUAGCUUAAAAUGUGUACUCUGACUUUUAUUCUGAUUAUAUGUGAUAAUUAGAUAUAUUUCACAGUCAUCAUGUAUAUUAGUGUUUCAUAUUCACUAAAAGUAUGCAAUAUAUUCAUUUUUAUUUAAUACUAUCUUCUAUACUAUAUUAUAGCAAGAAUGCAUAAAAGUGGAAUUUUCAAACUAGUUGGAUAUAAAACAUUAAAUUUUUAAGUCAUGCUGCUAUCAUGAAAAACAAGAUUUUAAGAAAUAAAAUUAGCAGCCUGUCAGGGAAAAAGUAAGUCUGCAUGUAUAUAUAUAUAUAUAAUCGAAAUAGAAAUUGAAAAGCUAACAAGUAAUGUGAUGUAAGACCUAUUUGGUCUUAAAAAUAUAUAUAUAUAUAGCGAGAGAGGGAGCUGCGAUAGUAAUAAAUAAUCAAGUUUAUUGUAAACUUCAGUUUAUUAUCAUAUUUAAUUACUAAAAUUUAUUGCUAAAAUUGCCUCGUAGCAUCAUUUUCUUAUUAAUCAAAAUAAUAAACAAAUUGGAUUACAUUAAAUUUUUGUACAGGUUCUUCAGUUUUUCUGAAACUAGAACAGUCCUUUCAAACCUUUGUAAUUGCAACCUCAUGAUGAGUUACAAAAUGACAUAUUUCCUGUUUGUAAAAGUUCUCUUCCCUUGAGCCAAAAAACUGAAUUAUCACCUGCAUGGCAUCGUGGAAGGGGCAGAACUGUUUGUUAUUCAAACGUAUGAUUACUACAGCAUCUGGUGAGUAAGCAGAUGGAUGAGAAGAAACUUUCCACUUUUUCUGUCACUUUCAUUCAAGGUCUUGAAAAAGCAUUACUCUUUUCUUCCUGAACUAGUGCAGUCUGCUUCUGAGCAGUGCAUUUGCAACCCUUUGUGACUGAGAAGAGUGUAAUUUUUUUGCUUUGAUGGUUUUGUCAUUCUCUAGGAAUUCAAACUGCGCAAUACCAGUGUGGGUCAUCAAACACAGAGCACCUUCUGUUGGUGAAGUUUUGUGGUAGCUAAUACCACAACACCAGGGGAUUACGAAUGAUGUUUUCCCCCCCAUUACUAUAUAACACACAUUUCUCAUCAGAUAUCAAUAUCUGGUUCAGGAAUGAAGGUUUCUUAUGACAUGACAGCAAAAAGAGCAAAUGGUGAAUGGCUGAAAUUUGCUUUCUUCGGUCAACAUGAGGCACCUACUCACUGAACUUCCAUAUCUUUUUAAGCUUAUGAAAUGCAAUUGGAUGCUUUCUUCCAAUACUUCAAACCCUUGUGCAAGUUGUUUAUAUAUUUGGUUUGGAUUACACUUUGUGUUCUCCUUUAACAUGGCUUUGUUGAUGUUGGAUGAAUACCUAGCUUAUGACUCAUCCUGAAAGCCAUCAUCUCCCGAUGCAAUGUGGCUGAGCAAUUUUCAUGCUGUAUGCUUCCUCACUGCUGCCUCCCCAAAUGGGAAGCAUAUCUUUUUAUUAGCAGCUUCUGCUUCUUUGCUGCCCGGUUUGAAUAGCAAACACUGGCAUAUUCACUUCAGAAUUGUAAUCCUCACAAAACUGCUUUUAAUACACCUCAUACUCUGCACUGAUUAACAGUUGGUAGGAAUGGGAAGUUUUGAUGUCAUUUUGGCAGGGUUGCCAAUGCCUACCGUUUGGAUUUCACUCAUUUUCCAGCAGCAUGAACCUUUCUGGAUACCUGGUACAUAAAAACAUAAGCACUAAUAUAAACAAGACUGAUGUGAUGAAUGCACAACCUAAAAAUGAUACAUGCAAUAAAAUUCUAUAUGUAAAAAUCAAGAUGAUAGCAAAAACUUUGAAAGGCUCUGCAUGAUAUUAAUGAUCAUGGUGUGAAAAAAAUGAGUUUAAGAGGGUGCAGUAAUAGGAAGUGUAAUGAGAGAACGAUGAGAAUCAUUAGCAUCUCAUCAUUUUAAGAAUUUAUCAGGCUUAUCAGAUGAAUAAUGUCUACUGCAACUUGUGUGUUUGCUUGUUUGAAUGUUGAUUUCUGAGGGUUAGCUCUGUGGCCACUGUGAAAGUCUUGAGGUAAGGGUUACUAAUUUAGACUUUUUCCCAGUUAGCGAAAACACUAAUAGCAGAGUUGUGUUAAGUGAACUUAACAAAGUGGAAAACACCUGUUUGUAUCAGAUGCAUUUUUAAUAAUUUUGCUGAAGUUUUAAAAAAAGUAUGUUUUAACAACCUUUAUUUUAAACCUUUUUUGUGCUGCUUAUCCUAGCAGAUGAUAAGUUACGUUCUAAGAAAGAUAUGCAAAUUAUGCAUUGCUUCACAACAUAUAUAAUUUUUUAAAGUUUCUGACUUUAUUUUAUUUGCAUGUGUAUAACUACCACUGAACUCUUGAUUAUCUGUGCUAUAAUGCACAGAUAUGCAUGAAAUAACCAGAGACCAGUGAUGGUCCAAAAAUGAUCUAAUAUACCAUGAAAAUGAAUUUAAAUAUUUAGUAGUUGGAAGAGAAGCAUGGCACUAUAAAAUAUGAAACUCAGCCAAAAUGCUAUCUGUAGAUUGGCAUAGAUUUUAACUAAAAUUCCAUCAAUUUCAAAAACAUUCUAACAAGCAACACUUUUCUUAAUAUUUUAACUCCUGAAGAAGAGAUAUAUCAGAUCACUCUCAAAACUGAUAGUUUAAUUUAAAAUCUACAUCAAUGAAAGUUUUUUUUUUUUUUUUUUUUUUUUGUCUAGUGUUAUGUAUUAAGCAGUGCUGUUUGUGUUACAAUAUGGUACUUAAAAUAAAGCAUAUAUAUAUAUAUAUAUAAUUGUAGAGUUUUUUUUUUUCUGUAAAAUAUCUGUUUUGUUUUUUUGUGAGCCUUGCUAAAAUUUUCCCCCAAACUUUAAUGUAUGUGUUGUCGCUAAAGUGUAUAAUAAAUCAACAAUUCCACACUUUAAGUAGUUAUUUCGUAAAAUAACUAGUUAUUCUAUAAAUUAAUUCAUUAUGGGCAGUUAAAAUGUAAAAUAAACAAUUUAACUGAAUUAUACAACAUACAAAAUGUUACUUAUACAAAGACACAAUAAAAUCAUUUGUUUCUACAGGGAUUACUAAAAUGGCACUUGAAAUAGCAUAGAACAUUAUUCUUUCAAACAAAUAAAUUUUUUUGUUGACACUAUUUUAUAUGAACAUAUUUUAAAUCCCCAAUCUGUACCUAAACUUUGAGCUGUAGCAGCCGACUGGAACAAUUUCUCAUUUCUGGCAGUUCUUUGAUUUUAAUUAUUUUUUUAUUCCAUGAUGCUGAACUGGAAUCAGAAAUAUAAAUGUUUCUUGUUUCCAAUUUUAAAAAAUCCAUCUUUGGUUAUUUUCAUGAUAAUAGGUAAAAUAAAUCUUGCAAUACUUCUUCCUUUUUCAACUUCAGAUACUGGGGUAUGAACUAGAGAUGAGGAAAAUUUGCUUCUUUGAGGAUUGGAUCAGAAUCAUUUGCUCACUGAAAGGAAUCUGUUCAUUUUUAUGAUUGACAAAGAAGAGGAAUGAGAGACGAAUCAAGAGUGAUUAAUGAGGAUGUACUGAAGAGCAAAAAGAAUCAAAUGAGCAGUGGAAUCAAAACUGGUUUAGCAAAGCUGAAGCGAAUAGCGAAAAGAAUUGAAUGAGCCAUGGGCUCAGAAAAACCGAUGCAAUAAACUGUUACUUGAACUGAUUUUCUUUCAACUGUAUUUUGAAAAUCCAUAAAAUCUCAUUUGUACAUAUAACUAAUAGUAAAAUUUUAGAAUAAAAACUUUUAAAUAAGUAAAGGAUAAAAAUUAAACUCACUUUUAAAUAUGGGAGAAUAAACGUUCUUUUCUUCCCAAAAAUGGGAAUCAAACUUUCCUGGCAUGCUUCUGACAAGAGCCUUGCUCUUAUUCCAUGAAUUAAAUUGAAUGAAUUUAUUGCAAAUAUCUGUGCCUGGCAUACUGCACAUGAACUGUAAAAGAGCUACAACUGUAUCUGGAAUCAGAGUAAAUUUCUUUAAUAAAGUGAAUUAGUUCUGGAGCAGUUCAUCUAGUUCUGAUAUGGAUUGUAAGCCCCAUAAAUACAUCAGAAUGAGAUUAAUCUUAUUAUGAAUAUUCUUACUUUCUUUACUCCAAGUGCACUUUCUACGACUUUUAUUUAAAAAAAAAUUUUUUUUGUUUUGUUUGUCCCAGCAGAUAAGUAAACAUAUCAAGAAAGCUAUGCAGGUCAUACACUACUUUAAGAUGCAUAAUUUAGGAAAAGAGUUUUCUCUAUUCUUAAAUGUCUAAUGUUGUUCUUUUGUGCAUUGCUUCACAACUUAUAUAACAUACUGUUAACCAACUGUUAAUUCAUAACAUAUAUAAUUUAUUUUAACGAAGUGUUAAUUCACAACAUAUAUAAUUUACUGUAACCUAGUACAAGUAGCAAGUAGUGUAAGCUUUGUAUUCUCCUAUGACUUCACUUCAUUAAAACCCAAGUCAUCAAGCUCAUUGUAUUUCAAACAAACUAUGUUUCCAUUACAUUCUUGUGAACAAACUAAACAUACUUUAUUAAUGCUCAUCAUUUAACCUUGUUUUUUUCAACCAGCACCAUGAUGCUGAACUGGAAUCAGAAAAGAUAUUUUCAUAUUAAAACAUGUUCUGAGAGUCUCAUGUAAAAAUAUUUGGUUACAGUAAUCCAUAUAAAGUUCAGCAAAGUAUUCAUCAUUACAAAAUUAUUUUGUGUAAAUGAAAGUAAUUCUUUUAAUAUUCUUAUAUAAACAAAAUUAUGAUUAUAUAUUACUUUAUUAUGGCUUGAAACUCGUGUGACCAUUUGAAUUUGGAACUUUACACGGGCCUUAUAAGAAAUGGACUAACCCAACUGGCUUCUCUCCCUUGAGAUAUAUCACAGAUGGCACCACAUUCACUGCCAAAGAAAUUGGGAUGACUCAGAAUUUCACUAUGGUUUGCUAUCGUGCAAUGUAUAAUUUUCAUUUGACAUGGCUAGUUAUGUUGUAAAAAUCUUAACUACUAAAGUAAAAUGAAAUAUUUGCUACACAGCUUUCAUUUCAACAGAAACAUAGAAUGAUCUCGUAGAUUUCAAAAUUCAACUUCUCUUUUUGCGAAUGUUAAAAAGUUCUGUAAAUUGCAUACAGGUUUUCUUGCAAACUGCAAAAUUUAUUAUUAUUGUUCUUUUAAGAAAACAUUUAAAGUUUUUAAAACUCCAUUAUUACUGGAAAUACUGCAAUAGAGUAUUUGAAAAAAUAUAGUAUAUCUUGUACUUCCUUUCUUAAAAAAUUGCAUAACGAUAACAUACUUGAGGGGAAACUAAUUAAAUAAUAAAUAUAAUUUUGCUCAAAAUAAUAAUUUAUUAUUGUUAUGUUAAGUAAACACUGUAGAUUAAUACUGAAAAUACUGCAAUAAAAUAUGAAUAUUUUAAAA